UAAUUUAUGAUAAAAGUUAUAGGUAAUUUUAAUUUUUUAAAAAUAAAAUUUAUUGAUUCACAUUCAAGAAUUGGAUUGUUAAUUGUUUAUUGAGUAUUUAGAGUUUGAAAUGUUUGAACAUGUAUUAUUUUAGUGCCCAGUAUAAUAUAAGAAGCAUUUUUUUGUUAUUUAUAAUAACAAAUUAUAAAAUCAUAAGGUGGUCAAAACGGUAACCGUUGAUAAAAAAUACUUCAGUGUUCUACGAUAAUAUUUUCGCUGGUUUGGAUACACUAUACCUGCCAAUAUGAUUUUUUCAAAAGAAUCUCUUUCAAGAUUUUUACUGAAUGUCUGAAUUUGUCAAUUUUAAGAGGUUUUUAAUAUUGUGUUGUAUUUAUUAAAUUUAAUAAAAAUGUAUCCUCGUACCCGAUUAUUGUGUUUGAGUAAUUAUGCAGGGAAAUUGACAGAAUUUUGGUCAAAUAGUAGUAGAUGUAUACACCAGAUGAGUAUAAAAAAUAUAGUGAAAACACCGUUGAUUUGUGGUCAACCCACUGACGAAUCUCAUCCCCAUUUAGUGAUGAAGGGUGAACUUGUCCCCGGUAUACAAAAAGAAGAAUUUAUGAUUAGAAGGCGCAAGUUAAUAGAAUCUGUAUUGAGUACAAGAAAAGAUUUUUACCAUGUAAUUGUUAUACCGUCAGCCGUUAGGCAAUAUAUGUCUGACCAUAUUCCAUAUCCGUUUAGACAAAAUACGGAUUUUUUAUAUUUUAGUGGAUGCCAAGAAACUGACUGUGCUUUGGUUUUGUGUGGUAAUUCUGUUGAUAACUUUACAUCAACUCUAUUUCUUAAGCCUUAUGAUCCUCAGUCUGAAUUGUGGAAUGGACCUAGUACAAAAGCUGAGUGUGCACCAUCAAUUUUUGGUGUUGAUGAUGGCAAAACAUUACCACAGCUUUCAGAAUUCAUAAUGUCUGAACUUAAAGGUCAUAAUAAUUGUGUUCUAUGGUACAAUCAAAAACAAAAAGUACAAAGUAUUGUUGAUAGGACUGUUAAUAAUGCUGCUGCAGAAAAUUCAAUUUAUUUGGAUGAUAGUUUGGUCGAUCAUUGUCACAAAUUACGCUUAUAUAAGUCAUUAGCUGAACAAAGUUUAAUGCGACAAAGUUGUCAAAUAGCUUCUAAAGCAUUUAUUAAAGCAAUGAUGUCAACAAAACCAGGGUCUACAGAACAUGAACUCUAUGCUAGAUUAGACUAUGAAUGUCGAAUGGGUGGAGCUGAAUAUCUUGCUUAUCCUCCAGUGGUUGCUACUGGAAAUAAUGCUAAUACCUUGCAUUACAUUGAUAAUAAACAAAAAAUCAAGGAUGGAGAUUUAAUUCUUGUAGAUGCUGGCUGUGAAUAUCAUGGAUAUUCGAGUGAUAUAUCUCGAACAUGGCCAGCAAAUGGAUGGUUUUCUGACGCUCAAAAGACAUUGUAUGAAGCUACUCUAUGUGUUCAAAAAGAAUUGAUUGACAUGUGUCAAGAACGUCCAUCAUUAGAUACAUUGUAUGAAGCCAUGUGUUUUAAAUUAGGAAAAGCCUUGGCAGCAGCCCAUGUAUUUAAAAAAAAUGUUGAUCCUUCAGAGUUAAAUAUGUUGGCUCGUGCAUUGUGCCCUCAUCAUGUUAGUCAUUAUUUGGGAAUGGACGUACACGAUAUUGGUACAGUCAAAAAAAGUGUUAAGACAGAACCUGGUUUUAUAAUCACAGUGGAACCAGGUGUUUAUGUAAGUAAAAAUAAUAUAAGAGUUCAUGAAGAAUUCCUUGGAUUGGGUAUACGAAUAGAAGAUGACGUGUUGAUUACUGAAAACAGUAUUGAGGUGUUAAGUGAAGAUUGCCCUAAAGAAAUAGUAGAUAUUGAAAAUAUUAUGUCUAAGCAACCCAAGUGAUUUAAGUUGAGUUUGAUUAAUUUUAGUUGCUUAUAUUAUGUUGAUGUUAUACCUUUUAUAUUUAAGUCCUUUUAUUUUUUUUUUACUACUUGUUUAAUGACAACUAUGACGAAUUUUAAAGUAAAUGUUGGCUGUGCCCUGUUGAAAAUAAUAUUAUGUAUAAUGUAUUAAUGUUUAUUGUGUUUACAUUCUGUUGUACUUGUUAAUCAUAGAUAAUACAUGUAUUUGUACAACUGUUAAAUACAACAAGUGUAUAAAAAUGUUUUACUUGUGUUUAAGAUUUUUAUUGUGAAAAAUAAAAAUAUUUUAAACAUUACUGUUUUCUUCAGAUAUUAUUUAUUAUUAUUUUUAUUAGAUUUACUAUUUAAAAUUUCACUUUAUCAUAGCACAGAAUAUAACAUAGUCAAUCACUAAAUAUUACUUAAUAUUUUAUUUAACAUAUCAUAACACAAAUAUUAUGUAAAAUAUAAAUUCAGUGAUAAAAAUAAAUGCAUAUAUUCAGUUA